UCUGCAGCGCUGGCCCCGGGAGGUGGACCUGUGCCUGGCCUUGCCCGGGAGAGAGAGAGGCAGGCUCUCAGUAGCAGCCCGGGGACAGCAGGAGAGGCUCUCGGAGCGCCCCUGCGCUGUGCAAACCCGAGCUCUCCCGAACUUCCCUCCGGCUAAGGACAACUCAGGGCGCGCCCCAGCGGCCUCGCCCGCCUAGGGCGCUCGGGCCAGCUCAAGGCAUCGGAUCUGCCUCCGCAAGCGCCCAGCUUCCGCAGCUGGAGCCCAGACCUCCUGGCGGCUUCUCCACUGUCUUCCCCAAAGUGCGAAGGGAAAGAAGUUCCCCUUCGGCCGGCGGGUCUGGAGCCACGCCCUGGCCUGGAGAGGUCUCGGCGGGCCGCGGGGCAGCUCCGCUGCGAGGGGUUAACAGUAGCAGCAGCCCCCGCGGCCGGGCGGCGGGCGCGGGCGCUUCCUCUCCCGCGGCCCGGGAACGUGGAUACCGCGCCCGCAGGAUGUUCGCCGGCUGGGCCGGGCAGUCAGGAAACAUGAGAAGGCCUCGGUAUUCCUGUUCCCGGGCCGUGCGCGCCCGUCUGGGUAAAUAAAGCCGAGACGACGGCGGUGGCGGCGGUGAGCGCGCUGGAGCCGGCGCGGGGAACAUGCGGCGGGGAUGGGAGUGCGCCUAGCCUCGGGGCGGGAGAGCCAGCCGCCCCGCCGCCGGUUGCCGGCCCCGCAGCCCCAGAACCCGAGCCCUGUCGCCGAGCUCCGGGCAGCCCGGCCCCGAGGCGCUGCGGCCGCACCGCGCGCCCCCGCCAGCCCGCACCAUGAACACCAUCGUCUUCAAUAAACUCGGCGGCGCCGUGCUGUUUGAGGAGCGAGGCGCUCCGGAGCGGGAGCGGGGCGGCCGGCCCUACGGAGGCGGCGGCGGAGGCGUCCUGGACAGUCCCCACGACCGCCCCGAGGUGGGCCUCCCCGACGGCCCGCCCCUCAAGGACAACCUUGGCCUGCGACACCGGAGGACCGGGUCCCGGCAGAAUGGCGGGAAGGUGAGACACAAGCGGCAAGCCCUGCAAGACAUGGCGCGGCCCCUGAAGCAGUGGCUUUACAAGCACCGCGACAACCCAUACCCCACCAAGACCGAGAAGAUUCUCCUGGCCCUCGGUUCUCAGAUGACACUGGUGCAGGUGUCAAAUUGGUUUGCAAACGCAAGACGUCGGCUUAAGAACACUGUUCGGCAGCCGGAUCUGAGCUGGGCCUUAAGAAUAAAGCUGUACAACAAGUACGUGCAAGGGAACGCCGAGCGGCUCAGCGUGAGCAGCGAUGACUCGUGUUCCGAAGAUGGGGAAAAUCCUCCCAGAGACCACAUGAACGAAGGGGUGUAUCCCGCUCCAGUUCAUCACACUGCGACCAAAAGCGAGAGCUCAGCCGUAAAAGCUGGGGUGAGGCCAGAGUCGGGGGCCAGCGAGGACUACGUGUCACCCCCGAAAUACAAGAGCAGCUUGUUGAACCGCUACCUUAACGACUCUUUGAGACACGUUAUGGCCACGAACACCACCAGGGUGGGGAAAACAAGGCAGAGGAACCACUCAGGAUCUUUUAGCUCCAACGAAUUUGAGGAAGAGCUGGUGUCUCCAUCGUCAUCGUCAGAAGCAGAGGGCAACUUUGUCUACCGUACAGACACUCCAGAAAAUGGAUCCAACAAGGGUGACGGUGCAGCUAACAGAACGCGGCCGAACAAGGACGACACGUAUUGGAAGGAGAUCAAUGCAGCCAUGGCUCUCACAAACCUGGCCCAAGGGAAGGACACUCUGCAAGGGACCGCCAGCUGCAUCAUCCAGAAGUCAUCCCAUAUAGCGGAAGUCAAGACGGUCCGGGUCCCCCUGGUGCCGCAAUUCUAAGGGCUUGUCACUCUCAGAUCCUGUCCCUGCCUUCUCUGCCGUCCUCGUCCUUAAGAGCCGAAGCUGGGGUGCAAAUGACUCUCUUGCAAACCUCUUCCUCUUUUUAAUUACCCUAAGUAUAUCAUUUAGUUGCUUCUAUAAAAGACAUAUAAAUUAUAAAAAAAAACUCAUUUUAAUCGAAAGUAUUAACUUAUUUUAUGUUACUCAAACUAUGCAUAAAACGCCUGUCUUACCAUUACAGUAAGUGCCUUAUUUCCCGAAAGUCAGCACCAACGUGGGCAGAGUGGGACGGCUGUGUCUCACAGGCCAACCCCAGAUGGUUGUUAGGCUGCGUGCAUCAAGCCGAGACGGACCUAACUCUUCCAGGACUGGAACCAGAGUUGCUAGAAGCCCUGCAAGCAUAUUCAGCAGUGCACACGUUGGAACUUGGAAAUCGGUGCAGCCCACAUGAACUGCUCUUUCCAGACGAUGUCGACACUGCGUCUUUCAGAGUGACAGUGAGAAUUUUAUGCACACGUCCUUAGCCUGCAGAUCUGACCUAUCGCAAACCUCCACAAUGCAGGGGCGCUGCGAGCAGCAUAAUGUGUGCAUUUAAAAGUUGAUUCCUUCACAUGAAUUUAAAACUGCAGUGACUACGUGGUGACCAGCAACCCUGUUUUUAAGCACAAUGUCCAGUAGAAUUGAUUUGGAUUUUCACUCUCUCAAGUUUGGCUGAAGUUCAAAAAAAAAAAAAAAAAACUCAAAAGUUUUCAUUAGAAAAAGAGUGUACUUUUAAAACUUGUAAUCUUGUUUGCAUUAAGAGUUCAGUAUUUUUUUCUGUGAAGAGAAAACUUUUUCAUAUGGAAUGACUAAAAACUUUUUUUGUUUGGUUCAUUUCAAAUUAUAAUUGCUGGUGGACGAUUUGUAUUGCAAUGAGAACAAGACAAUGAAAGAAAUGUAUCUCUAUGUGAAUAGCACAUAUACAUGCAUAAAAUUUAUUUUUAAAUUUAAAACAUAUGGAAAGCAAAACGUGGAGCAGUCUCUGAGUUUUGCCAACGAGGAUAUUUAAGCAAAAAUUAAGUGAAAUCAUGCAUCCAGAGAAAGAGAGUUUUGUUUCUAAGUUAGACUACCAUUCAGUGAGAAUAAUCAAUCUCAGAAGAAGAAGAAUAUUCUGAUCAGCUUGGGAAGACUUGAAACUUGAAUAAGCAGUGGAAAUGCCAACUAUACCAGAGUGCGUGUGCUACAGAAACAUAAAAAGGAUUGGGCUUUUUUAUGGCGAGAUUUUUUUUCUGGGUAUGUCAUCUAUUUUUAAAUUUUUUUUUAAACUGGAAAGCAUUUUUGUGAGUGUGAAUAAGAACUGGUAGUGCAGCCCUGUGGUAGCAUUUUUCUUUACUUUGCAAAAUGUUUUUAAAACCAAAGGUUGCUCCAGUUGAUGUAUGGACAGCAUCAGUCUUGAUAUAAACUCUAGGUCACUUUUUCAUGUAUCAUAGCCUUUGGGGGCUUGGGUUUAUUUAGUGUAAUGAAGAUAAUUUGAUAUAAAAUAUUUUGUAUAUAUAUAUUUUUACUUUGUUUUCUAAAUCGCUGUUUGCAGUGACAGUAAAUGCAAAGCAAGAUAUGUAAGUUAUGACUGUAUGAACAGAUGAAGUAUGCGUUUUUGGUUUAGAUCCUUAACUAGUUCGAAGUUCAUGGUUAAAAAAAAACACUUGGGAAUCUUUACAAAGCAAUUUUUGCAAAAAUGUGAGUACGUCAAUGAAAACUAAGGACAAAUACUUCACUCUUUUUCAUACUAUUGUAAGUUAUUCCGGUAUGAAUUAUUAUAAUAAAAGUGUUUUUGUUUUAACAUUUUUCCGUUAGAUGAGUGACUGCUGGUUGUAUUUUGUUUGAAUUAGUCAUGAUUCAUUUUUGUCAUCUUUUUUUUGGAAAAAAAAAGCAAAAAAUGUGUUUUGUGUUAUGAACUAUAAAUGACAAGCCAGUAUAGGACCACAAUUCAAAUGAUUUUUGUUUUUAAAUACCAAAGCAUGUCGUCUGGCGUAUAAACACAUCAAGAUUUUAUAAUUAGCACAUCCUUGGCAAUAGUUGCCAUUGCAAUUACUUUUAAUUUAUUUUUUCUUUUGCUGCUUUAAACAUUUUCUGGAAAUUAAAGUUCUUUCAAAGACUCUCGCACGAUGCUGAGUCAGCAGCUGAGGCUCUAACUGGUUAUUUAUGUUGUAGAGAAAGAGAGUGACCUCUCUCCUUUGUUUUGCCAGAUGUAAUCAUUUUAAUAAAAUUAAGAUGUGCCAGGAGUUCUUGACAGAUUUAAAAUAAAAGCUAAUUUCUAGACCUCAA